AUGGGCCAAGGGGAACAACAGAAACUCCAUCCCUUUUUCAGACAAUAUCCCCGCCGUACGAAUAGAAACCCAUCCCAAGCUUCCAGUUCGCAUCCGCCUAGUUCAGAUCAGGAUCAAACUACGGAAAAUAAUAAUGUUUUAGGGAAAUGCACAGAGCCUCCUCAUGUUCAGGCAGGCCCUCAGGGCCUAUCUGCUGUUCAAGCGCAUUUCAAUUGCCAACAUGCGCAUGUCGAGAGUCCAGAAAUCCCGCAGGAUGCUUCGCUGGAAGAGGAUCCCAACUCCAAUCGAAGGAAGAGGCUGAGGACUUCGGCACCAUGGGAAUCAGAUGACGGCGGUGACGACCGUGCCAGGCUUGUCCAUGACGCUCAUGGUUGCGACGUUUCCCAGGACCUAGACGUGCAGACCUCCCGUCGCGAUCGAGAAGUUCAAUCUCCAUGUAGGGAUAUCUCGAGCGGCAUAGAUUAUACCUUAGCUGGUGGCGGUGAAGGACAUGUUUCGCAGAAUGUCUCGGGUGAAAGCACAGGCGGAACUGUGAAUGUGUCAAAGGCGAUACCAGAGCCUGCGGCUGCCGCCUUUCCCAGCCCAGAGUCACAAGGCUCAGCACAAAACUCUUCGGCACUCGACGCAUUGGAAUCCGCAGAAGCUGCGGGCUCCAAUCCACCGGGUACAGAGAAAAAGUCUCCUCCAAGGAAAGUCCUGAAACUCAAUCCCAAUGGCAAGCUGUUGAGUUCGCCCCCUUCAAGCAGGUUCGAAGACAAAACCAAGAAUAAAUCCAAAAAUAAACGCAAAACUGCCGACAAGAAAACUAAGGACUCUAGAGUUGUUGUCAUCAAAUAUGGUGAUGGGGCAGACUCGAAAGAGAGCAUUGGGAAAAUGGUCGAUGACAUCAUCCAUGGAAGACAAAGGCAUGUCUCUCGCCGUCAAGAUGUCUCUAACACCAGUUCGGGACCACCAAAACCUACCCAUCCAUUCUUUUUGAAGAAUACUGGCCGAAAACCGGAGAAGUCUGCUCCAAUUACCAAUACAAGCUCAAUUCCAGAAAUGGCGAGUUCUAAUAAAGCUAAAGAGGCAAAUGAGAAGUCGACAUCAUCUGGCAAUAUACGAGAGACUGUCUCGCAGACAACAAGAAGUACUGUUCCAUUUCCAAGGUCUCAUUUGCCAAGGUAUCCUGAUCCAAUUGCGCCUCUUUGGCCACCCCGGGAUAUGGUCCACGUGAGAGGUGCUGAAUUUAGGCCAUUUCGUGAUGCUCCGGGGCCUGUCCUCCCUGGUCCAAGGAAAGACAAAGGCUCCGCAAUGGGAGUCAGCGACUCGGAGAAUGUCCUCUUGGCUGAGCUGCGGCGAUCUCUCAAUACCGUCUCUGACUCUCAGAAUCCACUCCCGCCUACAGAUGCAGAGGUUUUGCGGAUACCUAAGAGGCAUCUCGCUAGUGGCUCCGUGUUACAGAAAGGGAUAAACAACCAGCUAUCAUAUCAUACCGUAGUCGAACCGGGAUCCACACACAAAACGGCGCGUUCAGGUAUCUCUACGAAACAAAGAAGACGUCACCCGGCUGUUACUAAACUUCAUUCCUCAAUACCUUCAACUAUGAGCGCCUUCGAUACCGGCAAUUUUGAAUCCGUCCCGUGGACCCAGAAAUAUGCCCCCACUUGUGCAGAAGAAGUUCUUCAAGUGGGACCCGAAGCUGCUAUGCUACGAGACUGGUUGAAGAAUCUGAUGGUCUCUGCUGUCGAUACUGGCAGGCCAGGUAAGGAUAAACCGAACAAAAAGCGACCGGAAAACAGCAAAAAAGCGAAACGACGCAAGGCAUCCGACAAGUUGGACGGCUUUAUCGUCUCAAGUGGCGAUGAGGCGUCCGAGAUGGAUGAGCUCCCUGAAUCUGAUGAAGAUGAACUUGCCGGCGAUGUGACAGUCCCAUUCAUGAGGACCGUUGUCCGAGCUGGAGAUUUGGGGGCUAGGUCAAAAGGCGGAAACGACAAAGGUCGCAUGGUGAAUGCAGUGUUGAUUAGCGGACCGUCUGGCUGUGGUAAAACAGCUUCUGUGUAUGCCGUGGCAAAAGAACUUGAUUUUGAAGUAUUUGAAAUUAACUCCGGAACUCGUCGGAGUGCAAGAGAUAUCCUUGAGCGUGUUGGAGACAUGACUCAGAAUCACCUCGUCAAUAAUCUCGACAGCAGCAAGGAGGGGAUUGAAGAUGACUCCAGUCAAGAUAUCCAGCCUCAGGAGCUUGGUCCCAUUGAUGCGAAACAGACCACAAUGAAUAGCUUUUUCAAGGCGACUCCGAGGGAUACUUCCAACAGACAAACGCAGAAGAAAGAUAAGCAGAAAAAGGACCAGAAACCGGACAAAACUGUUUCCUCGACGGUUUCUCGUCCCCAAAAACAGUCACUGAUAUUGUUGGAAGAAGCGGACAUUCUGUUUGAAGAAGACAAACAGUUCUGGACCGGAGUCAUGACUUUAAUCAGCCAGUCCAAGCGCCCUAUCAUUAUAACAUGCAACAAUGAGAACCUCAUACCACUUCAGGAUCUCUCUCUACAUGCCAUCCUACGAUAUCGACCUCCUCCUCAUGAUCUUGCUGUAGAUUACUUGCUCCUCCUUGCCGCGAAUGAAGGCCACAUGCUGAAACGAGAGGCUGUCAGUGACCUCUAUUCUGCCUCAAAUCAGGAUCUCCGGAGAUCAAUAAUGGAGCUCAGCUUCUGGUGUCAGAUGGCUGUGGGCAGCGAAAAAUCGGGGCUUGAUUGGAUUAUUGAUAGAUGGCCUCCAGGUUCGGACCUAGACGUGCAUGGUGAUCGGCUGAGGGUGAUAAGUCUGAAUACGUAUGAACCCUUUAUGGGAUGGUUCAACCGUGACAUGCUUAUGAGCAAGAAUGUCCUUGCCCGAGAAACGGAGCUACUGCUUGAAGGGUUGAAUUGGUGGCAGCUUGACUUUCAAGACAUGCCACACGUUGAAGGAUCAAAGUUUCUGGUGUCAGACAACAAUCACGUACCUCCUGGUGGACAGGACGCAAUGUCAGCCCCUUUCGAUUUGGUGCAGAAAGCAGCAGAGCUCGCGGAUAGUCAAAGUGUUCUCGAUGUUUUCUCUCGCCGCUGGUCACUGAAACAGGAAGAGGAUGAACUCGACACGUCCGUGCCUGAUUUGCCGGAAAAACAAAGAUCAAACUAUGUGGAAGGCUACCCCUUGAUACAUGCAGACUGCAAGCCAGACUACACCGGGCUGUCCGCUAGUAUCGGGUCAACUGUUGGCGUGUUGAUCAGCCAUCUCAUCUGCGGUGAUCAUCAAGACAGCGAACGCCUCGCAGUGGAACGCGUGCUGGAAAAGGCUGCCAAUUCAAAGAUUACCCGUUUCUCUGGGCGAGACUUCAUCACAGCAUUUGAACCUAUUAUGCGUGCGGAUUAUGUAUUUCCUCCGCCCACUGGUCGCACCGCACCUUCUUUCGAGAAUGGGACCGCGGUGAUAGCUGAAGAUCUUGCACCAUAUAUUCGAGCGAUCAUGGCAUUCGACCUUCGCCUGGAGCAGUAUCGACUUGAACUGAGUGGUUUAAUGUCGCAAGGCUCGAGCGGGAAGAGGAAAGCCCGAACAACAAGAGCAAGUCGGGCUGCUCUCGAAGGCGGUGAUAAGGCGACUACGCGGAGAGAAAGAUGGUUCCCCCGUGACGCAAACCCGUCUCGUAUCCUCGCAACCGGGUCCAAGGAGUGGCAGAAUGUGCUUGUCCAAUAUGGACAUUUCAAUGUCCCAUCCAUAAGACAAGAACGGAGAGGAUCAAGCCAUAGUGUGUCUGACAGCUCUGGCGAUGGAGGAUUUUAA